UAUCAAUUGGUGCAUAUUUAUCGAUCUAGUUUGACAUUCCUUAGUCCUGUUUCAAAUGAAGUUGAUGCAUUGCUAGUUCUUGAAUUUCUUCAUCGAAUUGCUGACAUCUUUACUGAAUAUUUUGGUGAUUUGUCAGAAUUGUCAAUCAAAGAUAAUUUUGAUAUUGUUUAUCAGCUUUUAGAAGAAAUGAUGGAUUAUGGGUAUCCAUUGACAACUGAACCUAAUGCUUUAAGAGAGAUGAUUGCACCACCAAAUAUUAUUAAUAAAGUUAUAAGUCAAGUAGCAGGUGUCACAAGUGUUGUUCAGCAUGUUCCUAAUGGUAGUACAAUAUCAAGCAUACCUUGGAGAAAAGCAGGUGUAAAAUACACUAAUAAUGAAAUAUAUUUUGAUAUUAUAGAAGAAAUUGAUGCAAUUAUAGAUAGUAAUGGUGCAAUAGUAUCAUCAGAAGUUCAUGGUGUUAUCCAAUCAAAUUGUCGUUUAUCAGGUAUGCCAGAUCUUACACUCAGUUUUGUUAAUCCAAAAGUUUUAGAUGAUUGUAGUUUUCAUCCAUGCGUUAGAUAUAAAAAAUUUGAAAGUGAAAGAAUUCUCUCUUUUGUGCCACCUGAUGAACAUUUUAAAUUGAUGAGUUACAGAGUUAAUUUACCAUAUCAUCAAUCAUUGCCAAUCCAUGUAAAGCCACAAUUCCAUCUCACUGAUCAUGGAGGUAAAUUUGAUAUAACAAUUAAUGUAAGAAAUACAGAUGAUAAAUCUAUCGAAAAUGUAUUAUUAGUAAUUCCAUUAGCAAAAUCUGUGACAAAUGUCAAUGCCACUUGUAAUCUUGGUUCUUAUAUAUUUGAUCCUGUAACAAAGUGUAUAAAAUGGGAUUUAGGUAAAAUAAUGCCUAAAGAUAGAACUCCCAUGUUAUCUGGUAAUUUUAGUAGCAUUGAACAAAUAGUAGAAUCAGGUCAUACAAUUAUACUUGAUUUUCAAAUAAGCAUGUAUGCAAUUUCAGGAUUAAAAGUUGACACUUUAAAAGUUUUUAAUGAAUCAUAUAAACCUUACAAGAUUGUAAUAGAGGAAUCAUAUUAUCAAAAUCUCAAGGUCAUUAAUGAGCUUGAAAACAAAAGAUUCUGA